AAAAAAUUAGAAACUGGAUGUCGUUGUAAUGCAUUGGGCGUGAGAUACUAGCUGUUUCGAUUUUUUACUCUAGUCCUCUUCCUAUGAGCACCCUAUUCUUGAUUCUUGAUCCGAAAUCUGAAAAUCCGUAGGUUUGCGAUCUAUGAGCUUAAGGGGGGAAUUCCAGAUUUCUGUUUCUCCAAAAUUUGGUCUACAUAAAGAUGAAUACAAGUUUAGCAAUCUUAAUACUUUUCUGUUUAUUUGUUGGGUUGUAUAAUGUUAAUGUUACUGCUGAAUCCAAAUUUUCCACCACAAUGCACACCAACAACUGGGCUGUCUUAGUCUGCACCUCUCGUUUUUGGUUCAACUAUCGACACAUGGCGAAUACUCUAUCUUUAUAUAGGACUGUAAAGAGGCUGGGGAUACCUGAUGAAAGGAUAAUACUCAUGCUGGCUGAUGAUAUGGCUUGUAAUGCUAGAAAUAAGUACCCUGCACAAGUUUUCAACAACGAGAACCAUCGACUUAACUUGUAUGGAGACAAUGUUGAGGUUGAUUAUAGAGGUUAUGAGGUCACUGUAGAAAACUUCAUGCGAGUUUUAACAGGACGGCAUGAAAAUGCAGUACCAAGGUCAAAACGGCUGUUAAGUGAUGAAGGAAGCCACAUUCUUUUAUACAUGGCCGGCCAUGGAGGAGAUGAAUUUUUGAAGUUUCAAGACUCUGAGGAACUUCAAAGUCAUGAUUUAGCUGAUGCAGUGAAACAAAUGAAAGAAAAGCAGAGAUUCAAGGAGCUUCUGAUUAUGGUUGACACUUGUCAAGCUGCCACUCUUUUCAAUCAGCUUCAAUCACCUGGAGUUUUGGCAAUCGGGAGUAGCAUGAAAGGGGAAAAUUCAUAUUCUCACCAUUUGGAUUCUGAUGUUGGCGUAUCUGUUGUAGAUCGCUUCACUUAUUAUACCCUUGCGUUUUUUGAAAGGCUAAAUAUGCAUGACAAUGCCUCUUUGAGCAGUUUAUUUAAUUCUUACAACCCAAGUUUGCUUAUGUCUACGGCAUAUUACCGAACUGAUUUAUACCAACGCAAUCUAGGAGAGGUUCCUGUAACAAACUUCUUUGGUUCAAUCAUGGAAACAAUUCACACGGAGUCAGCUUAUAGAGCUUUCUCAAGCAAAGAUAUUACCAGGGAUAUAAUCAAAAUGCCACUAAAGCAGCCAGCUGACUUGCAGAACCAAAGAGAACUGCUAGAGGACAAUGGUUUGCAAAAUAUAUCUAAUUCAAAGGACCAGACAUGCCCUGUUCACCAUUUAUGGAAUACUCUCCAAAUGAAACUCGAUAGUAUUGGCGAUGUUGAAAGUUUUGUGAAUCAUGGAUUGUUAAUCAUGCUUCCUGUGUUAGCAAUCUCCACAUGGGUCGCAUAGUGAAUGCAAACAACAGUACCUUGGUGUAUAACUGGUAAUGUUUGAUUGCUCCUCUCCAAAUUUUUUUCAAGUAAUAGAAUACUCCUAUCAUCGCAACCUCCAUCUUUCCUUAGAUAAGGUUAUAGUUUGCUGUCUUCUAACCUUCCACAGACCCUGAUUAUAGCUUCUAUGAGCGGGAUACACUAGGCAUGACUAUUUUGAUGAGAAUACUCCUAUUAUUUUCCCCGUUUAGAAGUGUUCAUUAGUUUAUUUAUACUUAGGUAGCAAUGUUGCAAGUGCCUCGUAGGUGGAAGAAAGACGUUCACAUUUGCUAUGCCGCUGGAUAUCUUCUAUUGUAACCUGAAAUAGUGCUUGUGAAGUUUAGGUGUGCUUUAUCAUAUUAUCAUUCUCAUUGAACCAAAAAAUGAGCACAUCAUUGCAGAUCUCUAUGUUUGUAAACACAGUGUUGCAUAGAAGAGCAAGAACAGUAAUAGAUUGUAAUGUUUAAACUUAUACACCAAUUCUUGUUCUAUGGUACUCCAUACUGUGGAUAUAUUUUGAGCUCGUACUGACUACUAUGCUACUGCCGUCUUUGUUCCGAUGCAUUCUCCGUGGGAUGCCGAUCUAGACAUCAGGUCAGAUCUAGGGUCGUUCAAUGAUGUCAACUGUUAGCAUUUAAUUUAUAUAUGAAACCAUAUACCUAGAGAUAUUGAUAUAUGUGUUGGUUUAGUUGGUAUGAGCUUUUCUAUGUAAACAUUGACUUUUGGGUUCAAGUCUCAUUAAGCACAUUUUUUUAAAUCUAGAAAGAAUACUUAACUAUUUGCAUUUUAAUCUAUAUUUUUUUUAAAUAUUAUUGACAGUAUAUGAUUUUGUUUUAGAUCUGUUCUUGGGUCUAAUGAGUUUAUUUGGUGGUAUAAAGAUCGUUAAAGACUAUGCUUCAUAUUUCUUUGUUAACCAUCCGAAGUUUGUUUCUUUCAGCUAAAUACAAUAAACAUUUCAAAAUAAAUGAAACUUCCCGCAACAAAGUAGGAAAUGUCACCGGAAUAAGCCUCCUGAAACACGGUUAUCAGGUGCUCUUCUUUCCGAUGCGAUCUGCUCAUUGUCAUCCUUUGAAACAUCGCCUUAGUGAACUAGAUUUUGGAGAUAACCCUUUUGAUAUUUACUCCAUUCCCCGAAGAAUCAUGAGUUGUACUA